AUGCCGCCUAAGAAGGGAAGGGGCCAGACCAUGGCGCUCAACGACUUCUUGGCCGACGAGUCCACCGGCAAGACUUCGUGGGCUGAUGAGAUGGACGACCUUCCCAUCUCCUCGGCUCCUCGCGACUCGAGCUACCGCAGGGGAGGCGACUUCCUCUCCUCCGUCCCCGACCGUGUCGACCGCGACCGCGGUUUCGAGCGCCCCGAACGAAGCUUCCCUCCUCGUGAGGAGCUCCCUCUCCCCGACAAGCCUCCCUUUACCGCUUUCAUCGGCAACCUCUCCUUCGACGUCAUGGACACCGACGUCGAGGCUUUCUUUGCGCCCUCCCAGCUCGUCAGUGUCCGCAUCGUCUCCGACCACGAUGGCAAGCCCAAGGGCUUCGGCUAUGUCGAGUUCCAGACUCGCGACGACCUCGGCGCCGCUCUCGACCGAAGCGGCACCCAGCUCGCCAACCGAACCGUCCGAGUCAGCGUCGCCGAGCCUCCCAAGAGUGCCUUCGGCGGUGACCGAGCUGCUUUUUCCAGCCAGGCGGAUGAUGCCUCCCAGUGGCGUCGUGCUGGCCCUCUUCCACCUGUAGAGCCUCGCGGCGGCUUCGCUCCUCGUCCUGAGCGCUCCGGCGUGCCUCGCAACGACAGCUCUGGCUUCGACAACAUGGACAUCAGCGGCGGUGUUCGAAGUGGCUUUGGCAGCAAGUUCCAGUCCGCGCCUGCUCCCUCCAGCCGUCCUCCACGCGAGCUCACGCCUGUUGAACCUAGCCAGGGCGACCUAGCCAGCCAGUGGAGGACUGGCAAGCCUGUCGAGGGCCGAUCCCCCGCUACCUCGCGUCGCCCUUCCGGUAUGGGCGGCGACUCGGAGCGACAAGCCUCGUUCCGUAACCGCAACGACGCCAACGAAGUGGAUGAACGCUUUGCAUCGCAAGAGCGCAUGGGCUUUGGCUCCAAGUUCACCCCGGACCAGACCCCUCCCGAGAGCCCCGGCAACGCAAAGAAGGGCUUCGGCUUUGGUGGUGCUGACCGACGUGCCAGUGGCCAGACCGCUGGCGCCCCCGCGGCUUCUGACUCGACCGACACCUGGCGAAGCGCUAGGAAGCCCACUUCGGGCUCGUCCAGCCCUGCCCCCCAGGCUGGAGCUCCCGCUGAACGCAAGAAGCUCGACUUGAAGCCUCGCUCCGCCGAGAGUGCCGCCGCGGCCACCGCUUCCACCAACAGCUCCAAGCCCAGCCCUUUCGGUACCGCCAAGCCUAUCGACGCAUCGGAGCGCGAGCGAGAGAUUGAGGAGAAGCUUUCGCAAAGGGAGAAGGAGAGGCAAGAGGAGAUCAAGGCCAAGAAGGAGGCAAAGGCAAAGGCGGACAAGGAGAAGAAGGACAAGACUGGGGCGGCUUCUCCCGCCCCUCCUGAGGGUGCGCCAACCGAGACGACCGAGGCUGCCUCGCCGGCUGCAGAGACCGCGUCGCCCGCGGCUGCCAAGGCACCCCGUGCUGCGCCACCUACAGGCGCCUGGGGCGGAGGACGCAAGCCUUCGGGUGCGCUCGGCAGUGAGCAGAGCCCAGCUGCAGCCAACGAGGAAGAUGACAAGACCACUGAAGCUGAAGUCAACGAGGUGGCCGACAAGGUGGAAGAGACCAAGCUUGAGGCUUAA